UGGAUUGCCAAUCGGUGAAGUUAGUUAGGAGCUGCUGACAGCCGCUGCAAACAUCCCGGGCAUCUCCGACGGCCGACAGCAGGGAAGAGGAAGAGAAGGAAAAGCGCCUGGAUAAAGUUAAGCGAACCUAAUCGAAUCAAGUGGCAAGUGGCGAUGGCGGCCACGAGCAGUUGUCGUCGUCGUCGUCGUCGUCGUGAUGGUUCGUUCGUGCUACUGUCGCUACCGCUGCUCCUGAUGAUGAUGAUGAUGGCGGCGAUGGCGGUCAGCAUGAUGGUAGUGGGUGCGGUAGCGAGCCCGGACUUUGCCGUACCGGCACGGAUGACCGGCGUCGGUAGCGGGAACCUCGACCGCACCGGGAACGUGGUACAGAACGCGAACCGAGUGCUGGCCAUACUCGAGCAAUUCCAAUCGAUCAUCGAGUGGCUGUACAGUUUGCAGACACCCGACCUCUACCGCCUGGCGACCCGGUUCCGCACCGUCAUGGACAGUCUGGUCGAGACGGGCAGUCCCAUCUUUCAGGGUCUCUCGAAUGCGGCCCGCCUUUCGAGCGGCAACAUUACGUCGCUCGUUGCCGGCAUCCAGCGGAGCGUGAACGUGACCAUCGCGUUGAACAAUCUGCACCAGCUGACGAUCAACGAGACGCGCCCAUUCCUCGGUGAAACCGGUGUCCACAACAUUAGCACCGUGCUCGAUCUGUUGGUGCGUAAUGUGCGCAAUCUGAGCACGGUGCUCGACGACAUCGAACCCGCCAUCGCGGACCUGCAGUUGCGGUUGCGCUUGCAUCAGGCCGCAUCAUCGCCAGUGGCAACGCACUCGUCGACACUCGUCGAUCGUCUGUACCCGCGGGCGGCCGUCCGGAAGUUGAAUGACAUUCUGCUGGAGUACGUCAACAUUGGUGUGGCCACGGUACCGCAAAUCAACGCCGUUGUCAAUCGUGUCCGGCUGAUGGAUGGUUUCAUCGGUCGGCUUGACUCGGUCGCGACCACCCAGCAACAGUCGCUGAAUGCGUCCCUGGCCUCGGUUAACGCGACGUUGCGGAACUACGUGGAAGGCCGCCUGCGGGUUGCGGUACGUGGGCUCGCACCUGCCUUCAAUCGGAGCGUGACGGAAGCGACGAGAAAGUUGCAACCAUUGCUCGAUGAUCCCGCGCUGCUGGGAGUAGCUCGGAAUGCGACCGACCGCUUGACCGAACGGUUGGCCAACGUUACCCAAACACUCGAGUCGCUCGCGGCCGACCACAUCGUGGUGCCGUUCGAGCGGGCGGACCGUACGACCCGGCUGAUAAUGAAUCUCACCGUCGCGGCCAUCGGUGAGCUGGCGUGGAAUCUUACGCUCGCCGUUACGUCGGCCCAACCCGGCGCGGAAGGCUGCUUCCGGCGGUACGGUUACGAGUUCGACAAACUCGCCCGUCAGCUGUACGACAGUCUGUCCGGGUGCGGUCAGGGUGAGGCGCGAGCGCUGCAGAGUGUCACCGGUGCGUUGAUUGGAUUCCUUGGUGUCGUCCAGACGCAGCUCGAUGCCGAAACGCGUACGUACGGUCAGUGUCUCGGUGGGUUGAGGGUGGACUCGACGCCCGAACUGAAACGGCAGCGGGCCGUGUGCCUUGAGGUUGCGGUUCAAUAUUCGCAGCUUGUGGGCGGUACCGUGGUCGCCAAUCAGUUGGCAUCGUUCGGUGAGGUGCUGCAGCGUGAGCUCAGGUACAGCGCGGAUCGUCACGGUGCCUGUCUGUUGGGUAGCUAUCGAUUGCUCGUUACAGAGGUUUUGUAUCUGAGGAAUUCGCUGGCUGCCUGUCUGACUCCGUCGGCUAGCUAGCUUCAGAUGGCACCAAUAAAUGUCAUGCUUCAGCACAAAGAGGACAGUGAAUGUAAUGAUUUAGGUUGAAGCAGAAGCGCUAAAUUAGCAACGAGCUGUUUAGUGCAUGUGGUAAGGUGCGUCUUUGCUAAACUUGACAGAUCGCUGUUGGACGCAGGCUAGUAUCCUCGUUACGACCACAUACAACAUGCAACAAGCGUAGUAGGCCUUUUAGAGCUAAGCAAAAUGAAAUUCUGAAACAGAUGUACACGAGCACACAACCACAGCGCCGCAUACUAUGCUCAAACUCUGUCGGUGGCGCCUCCUAUGAUGCGUAGUACGUGGCAUCGAAGCAAAAUAAAUACGGCGGCGGGAGUAUUUUGCUUAAUUGUGA